GCUGUUUGGUGUACAUUUCCAGCAUCAGGUCAUGAUUAUGAGUCAAUAUCUACCACUGUAAGAGCAAUGCCUUGUCAGCCAGUCAUUUGCGCAGAAGUUACAAUCAUUGAUGAUGACAUGGUAGUGUUGCUGGAGAAGACUUUCACUGUUCAACUGGAAAGAACUGUUGGUCUUGACUACAGGAUCUCACUUGAAGAUACACCUGCAACCAUCACCAUCACUGAUGAUGAUGUUACUAGGUUUGGUCUGAGGGAAACUGAUCUUGAAGUUUAUGACAAUGAGACAGAGAUUGAAGUGUGUGUUGAGGCAAAGCCACCCUACAACAGUGCAGUUUGUCCGGUGGGAUUUCAAUUCAAUUUGAAAGUUUCCAUUCAAGGUGAAAAUGAUGGAACUGGUGAUGACUACAUUACCAUGACAGUUGAACAAUGUGCCAUCCAAAAGUGUGUUCUGGUUCCUGUGAAUAUCUCUGCCAUCAAUCAACUCAGUAUCAACCUGGAACCUCCAGACAAUCACGAUAACAGAAUUGAGCUCGUUGAUGUGAAGCAUAAUAUAACUAUUUUGUCUGCUUUCGUGCCAACAGUGGAAUUUGAGAGACGGUCAUUGACUGUACAAGAGGAGGAUGGUAGAGCUGAAGUGUGUGUGUUAGUUACAGCUCAUGGACAUCAUUCAGAGGUACCAUCCCUAUUACCCUCUCAACUUCAGAUGUCACAGCAGUGGCAGGCCAGGACUACAGGUCACUACAGUCAAUCCUCAGAUUGGACCCUUGUGAAGAGAAAGCCUGUUUUAAUGUGGCCAUUAUUAAUGAUGUGAGAGUAGAAGAUAUGGAACAGUUCACUCUUAGUCUAGUCUAUGAAUUUGGGAGUGGUGGUGAUGUUAUCGUAAAAGAAGACAAGGUUGAUAUCUGGAUCAAUGAUACUGAUGGAGCCUUAGUGCAGUUGGAAAGGGAGCACUACUCUUUAAUCGAAGGAGAAGAAUGUGAAAUAUGUGCCAUUUUAUCAGUUGAUGUGGAUACAGAGAUUUGCAUCAGAUUUAAAAUCUUUAAGAUUAAAGUAAAAAUCUGUUUUACAUUUCACCAACGAAGUUGUGGGAUAUUCCGUGUUGAAGAUAACAAUAUCCUUGAGAAUCCCUAUUCAAGACCUAUAACACUAGAAAGCAAUGAUAGUAGGAUAUCUAUAAUUGGGAAUGGAUCGAUCACCAUCAGAGACAAUCCCAGUUUUGAAGCUACUGUGGGACUGGAUAAUAUGACAUAUACAGUGAAGGAAGAUAAUCUGCAACUUAAUGUGUGUGUGGUGGUGUUUUCUCCGACCACUGCCUGUCCUAUUGCAUUCCCUUUUGAGCUGAUAUUUGCUGCAAACCAGGGCACUGCAUUCCAAGGUCGUGAUUAUACACUCAAUGACAGGGCUGUGAAUUUUGGUGCAUGCAGUAAGAAGGAAUGUCUGACAGUAGACAUCAUUGAUGACGACCUCAUUGAAGACACUGAAACCUUUACCAUCACUCUACAACCACCAAGUCAAGACUUCACUGAGCGCAUCAUACUCAGUCCUAAUGUGACUACUGUUGCCAUUGAAGAUGAACAUGAUGCUACUGUGGGCCUGGAGGAAAUGUCUUACGAAGUCAACGAAGGAGACAGCAUUGAAGUAUGUGCCAGAGUGACAUCUCCAAGUAUCUCGUGUCCUAUCAGCUAUGGAUUCAGUCUCACGAUCUCUACUGCUCCUAUUAAUGCAGGUUUUAAUGUUGUAUAUACCUCAUUAAGAAUUAAACAAGUGUCUACCCAGUGUACCUAAGUGAUGCAGUUGGUAAUGUAAUCAUUGUAAAGCGAGGUCCUUGAUUCAAUCCUUACCACCAAAACCUGUUAUGGAUCGUAGUUGUGUUGCUUUAGCACAAAGAGUUAAAAAUAAAUAAAAAAUUCAAAAGUGUGG